AUGGACCCUGAGGAGCCCAGAAAUCCCCGCUACAACCUCCGUCCCCGGAAACCCAAGCCACAAUCUCCGGAAGCCCCUCGUUCUAUCAAAGAUCAGCUUUUGCGGAAAAGAUUCACACCAAAACUCUUCACGAGAAGCAAGAAAGAUAAAGGCAAAGGUAAAGGAAAAGGUAAAAAAUCCAAAGGUGGAAAAGCUGCAGACGAAGAGGAGAUGUAUAGCUUCGGGGGCGGCCGUUUCCAGCGGCCAAAGGAAAGAGUGGUUACUUGGCAGCAUGAUGGGUCCCGGAUUGAUGAUCCAGCUUACUUGCCGGCUCAAUGGGAUGCUAAUUAUGAUAUCGAUGGCAACAUUGCUCGAUGCCAUCUGAGAAUCGAGGAGAACAUUCUACCAAAAAUGUUCCAAGCCCGCUUAGAGAGAUACAUGGAAAGUAAAGCAGAGCGCGAUGCAAUCAUUGCCGCUGCACCGGGCCUACCUGCGAGAGUCGCCCAACGCCUGGACGAUCUUGGAGCCAUCCAGCAGGACUUGCUCAAGAACGACCCGCAAGCACAAAUGGUCAAUGUUCAAGCCAUCAUUGCCGCCUACCUCGACAAAUCGCUUGUAUGGACCCGGGGCACUGUCACCUUCUGGUCUUACGGUAAGAUGGUCUGGGGUCCUGGCAAGUUUGACUGGAAGACUUUCGAAGCUGUCAACAGUGAGCACCAGGGACAUAAGUCAUUCUGGGUUGAAGAGAUGAGAAUGCGCUUCCGAAUCCCAGGCAUCGCCAACCCGUUCGCCACCCGCGUCUGGAAAUUCCUGGACGACACCGGCGCCUCCUCCACGGGCAUCUUCCAAUGCGACAUCGAAGACCUGCAAAAGGCAGCUCAAGUCGAAAUCAAGGCCUUCGGCCACGAGCGAGUCGCAACGGCCAACGGCAAAAUCUGCGUUCCAGCAUACCACCUGCAAGCCCGCUUACUCGCCAACAAUGACUCCAUGAUGUUGAUCCCCUGGACUGACAUCAAAGUCUGGGUUAUGCCCGGAAAGCCAACGGCCAAGGUCCGGAGACUUUCCGGGAUCUGGCCUCGCCAUUUGUUGUAUUUUGCUAACGUCCCAGAUAAUCAAGGUAAUCUAUAUAUGUGUUCUAGUAUGGGUGAGUUGUGUGCGAACUUGCCUGAUGUUGAUGCGACACAGGCGAAUCCCCCGCAAUGGGAUGUUCUUGAACCCAUGAGCAGCGACGAAGAUGAAAUGGAUUUUAUCAUGUAG